GACGAUCUUCUCCCGAUCGUUGGAGAAUUCGGUCGUUACCAAAAACAACUUCUUUGGCUCGUGUGUCUUCCGGCGUGUCUACCCUGCGGGUUUUGUGCCUUCAAUCAGCUUUUCAUGGCUGACACGCCACCUCAUUGGUGCAAUGUGCCGGGAUUAGAAAAUCUGGACGUCUCUCGUAGAAGAAGACUAGCGAUUCCAACUAGUCAGGACGAUAACGAAACGUACAGUCAAUGCACACGAUACGAUAUCGAUUGGACAGCUGAAAAUAUUUCUGUCGUGACGACAGCUUCGUACGUACCGAAUACUUCGUGGCCUAUUGUACCAUGUGACCAUGGUUGGGAGUACGAAACCUCGGAAGUCACAUCUUCCAUCGUUAUCGAUUUUAACCUAGUGUGCGACUACGCGAUUUAUCCAACGAUCGGUUUGGUCGCCUUGAACACGGGAGGACCCAUAGGCGUAUAUUUGUUCGGUACUCUAAACGACAGAAUCGGCAGAAGGUUAUCGUUUUUCACGUGUUUGGCGACAUUAAUCACCGGUGGCUUUUUAACAUCGAUAUCCAACAGUUUCUGGACCUGGGCUGCUACCCGCGUCGUCGUUGGUCUGACAAUUCCAGCAAUAUAUCAGAUACCGUUCAUAAUAUCUCUGGAAUUGGUUGGACCGAAUUAUCGGUCCUUCGUGACGGUAAUGACGUGCAGCUUCUAUACAAUGGGUCUGUGUAUGUUGGCUGGUGUGACCUAUUUGAUAAGGGAUUGGAGAACACUAGCCGUAACAACGAGCGCACCUUUUCUCCUGUAUUCGCUAUACUGGUGGUUUCUACCAGAGUCGCCUCGAUGGCUGUUGGCAAAGGGUCGUCUAAUCGAGGCGAACGAUAUACUCGAGAGGCUCGCUAAGGUAAACGGGAAAGAGUUACCAGCCUCUUUUACGCAGAAAUUACGUCAACGAAUGAUGAUGUCACGGUCGAAAAGCGAAGAGGAACGAUUACGUAGUGGACCCGGUGUUUUGUCUCUCUUCAAGACACCGAACAUGCGUCUGAAAACAUGCCUGAUCACUCUGAACUGGUUUGCCAAUAACAUGGUGUACGUGGGCUUGUCGUACUAUGGGCCAGCAUUGGGAAACGAGGAACACUUGAGUUUCUUUUUCUCGUCUCUCGCAGAAAUUCCAAGUUACAUGGCUUGUUGGGUCGUAAUGGAUCGAUGGGGUCGCCGCUGGCCUCUCUGUUUAUGCAUGGUCGUGGCUGGGGUCUCGUGCAUCGCCACCGUUCUCUUAUCGCCGGAUGCCGUGGUGACUACGUUGAUUUUGUUCCUCCUAUCGAAAUCCGCGAUAUCGGCCUCUUUUCUAAUUAUAUAUCCGUUCGCCGGUGAACUUUACCCCACGCAACUGCGCGGCGUAGCGAUCGGUUUCUCCGCUUACAUCAGCGGUCUCGGACUUAUCAUCAUUCCUUUUGUUACGUAUCUCGGUAAGGAGAACUUGGUAUUGCCAUUAGUAAUUCUCGGCGUGGUAUCAGUGAUCGGUGGACUGUCUGGUUUGCGUUUGCCCGAGACGCUUCAUCAUCGAUUACCGCAAACCGUGGAGGAGGGAGAACUGUUCGGGAAGGAUUGGACUUGUGCGGACUGUUUACGUUGCGUUCCAAUCAAACCUUCGUCAGCGGCAGCUUCGUACGAAGACCUUUCUGCCAGAGAGACGGUGGAGAUGCACGAGGUACCCGAGGCUCCUAUUCCUCAAAGACUAUUAGAAGAACAACAAAGACCGAGCGGCGCUAGCGUGCGUCGGCUGGUACGUCAAUCUAGCGUAAUGGACACGCAACGAGACUCGGAUGGGUCUAUCAAGAUGACUUACUGGUUCUAGAAAGUCUCGAGUUUCCAAAUAAAACCGAAAUCAUGAAACGA